GGUUGACUAGAUGCGCGCGCGUAACAUCUUCAUGCGAAAAGUACCGGGUGAUAGAAUGCAACAAGUUCAGUGUCAACAAAAUGGAAUUUAUACAAUACAAACUUUAAUAUUUCAUGAUGAGGUGUUAAUUUAUAUGAUUAAGGGUCUUGAAAUUAUAAACAUGAUUGUCCCUGCUAAUAAUUGAGAACAAAGAACAAAUGUAGAUGAUAGUUGUGACAGAUUCAUACAGGAAUAUCAUAGCUGCAGAAAUACAAAAAAAUCAGUGUUAUAAAGAAAUAAAUGAGCUUGGCUGUUAUAUUAGAGGAAAAUAGGAUUAGAAUUUCAAGGUUUGUACGUGCAGUGAAAUGAUGAGAGAAUGACAUUUCAGUGGCAAAAGUUAAGUCCUACUGAGUUCCAUCAACUCCAGGAAUAUAUAUCUUAUUCAUCUAAGAAGUUGAAAGAUGUUCUUGAGGAUUUACAAAUCUCCUGUGAUGAGCCCAUGUUAUAUGAUGGAUUUAAAAAGUUUAUGGACAGCUAUAUGGAGGCAGAGAUACCAGAGGAAUUAUGUAAACAUUUGUUUUUAUCAUUAAUGAAAAAGCCAAGUGGACAAACAACAACUGGUAAGGAUUAUCACCAUGUCAGAGAUGUUGCUGCUGUCACGGCAACACAGACAGUCUGUGCUCCCAUAACGCACCUUGGUGCAGAUAUACAUAUUGACAAAGGCGAAAAACACCAAGGCUUUGUAGAAAAAAUUCAUGGUUUGACAGAAAAACUCCACGGACUAGGUCUCCAUGGUGAGAAAGGUCAUAGUCGUCAUGACAGCGGGGAGUCUGGGAAACGUAGUCGAGCAGGGUCAACAUCAGCAUCGACACAUCCUGCAGUUGCUGUAACAGCCAAUCCUGCCGUGGAGAAAUCGUUAGCAGCUGGGGACGAUUCUGCACCAGAUGUAUCCACUCAUUCUAGAUCAUCAUCAAAAAAGUCCAAUCACAGUGUUAAUACUAUACAUAAUGGCCAUUCAAUAGAUUCAUUGGACCCAUGGGUUAGACAGUCCAACUCUUCCUUACUGAAGACUGCCCCAGUGGAGCUUAAAUCAGUUCGGAAUCGGUCCAGUAGUAAUGAUAUCAAAAAUGGACACAUGUUUCUCAAAGAUCUGGUUUGUUAUCUCUCUUUAUUAGAGGCCGGUAGACCAGAGGACAAACUAGAAUUUAUGUUCAGGUUGUACGACACAGAUGGUAACGGUCUCCUUGACAGCAGUGAACUGGAUUGUAUUGUUAAUCAGAUGAUGUCAGUAGCAGAAUAUUUAGGCUGGGAUGUCUCUGAACUUAAACCUAUUUUACAAGAUAUGAUGAUAGAGAUAGAUUAUGAUUCUGAUGGUACAGUAUCGUUAGAGGAAUGGAAGCGAGGAGGGAUGACCACCAUACCUUUACUAGUCUUACUAGGAUUAGAUACAAAUGUACAAGAUGAUGGGACACAUGUUUGGAGAUUAAAACACUUUGGAAGACCAGCAUACUGUAACUUGUGUCUCAAUAUGUUAAUGGGUGUAGGAAAACAAGGGUUGUGCUGUACAUUUUGUAAAUACACAGUACAUGAAAGAUGUGUUCAGAGAGCUCCAGCAUGUUGUAUAACUACGUAUGUCAAAUCUAAAAAAACAUCACAGGUUAUGAACCACCACUGGGUGGAAGGCAAUUGUCCAGGAAAAUGUGAUAAAUGUAAGAAAUCCGUAAAGACUUUAAAUGGUGUGACAGGACUACAUUGUCGCUGGUGUCACGUUACACUACACAACAAAUGUGCACCACUUGUAAAACCAGAAUGUGAUCUAGGAGAAUUCCGAGAACAUACAUUACCUCCAACAUGUGUCUGUCCAGCUGUUCUGGAAAGACAGAGAAAUUCAGAAGUCAAAGGGAACAAAAAAGGGUUACAAAGAACAGACUCAACUACAUUUGAAGGCCCUGGUUCAUUUCAAAUCACUCCAUUACCAGGCACACAUCCAUUGCUCAUCUUUCUAAAUCCAAAAAGUGGCGGAAAACAAGGUGCUAAGUUAUUGAGAAAAUUUCAGUAUCUGUUGAAUCCCCGACAGGUGUAUGAUAUGUUAAAAGGAGGACCAAUGCAGGGUUUACAGUUUUUUCAUGACGUCCCAGGAGCCAGAAUAUUAGCCUGUGGAGGAGAUGGUACUGUGGGAUGGCUAAUAGAUGCCAUGGAUAAGAUGAAUUACACAGAAAGACCUGCAGUAGCCGUAUUACCCCUCGGUACAGGGAAUGAUUUAGCCAGAUGUUUACGUUGGGGUGGGGGUUAUGAAGGAGAGAGUUUGAACAAGAUUUUAUUCCGUGUAUCACAUAGCUUACCAAUAAUGAUGGAUAGAUGGAAGAUUGAUUUCAGUAAACCAGAAGAAGGAGAAGAGGAGGAAGGGGAUCCCAUACCUUAUAACAUUAUCAAUAAUUAUUUCUCCAUUGGAGUUGAUGCUUCCAUAUGUCAUCGAUUCCAUGUAAUGAGAGAAAAACAUCCAGAAAAAUUCAACAGCAGGAUGAAAAAUAAACUCUGGUAUUUUGAAUUUGGAACGUCCGAAACUUUAUCUGCAACUUGUAAAGCUUUACAUGAAAAUAUUGAUAUAAUGUGUGAUGGUGUAUCAUUGGACCUUGCCAAUGGUCCACGCUUAGAGGGCAUAGCUGUACUUAAUAUUCCUAGUAUAUAUGGAGGAACAAAUCUUUGGGGAGACAACCCCAGUCAGAAAAAACGACGCAAAGCUCAAAAGAAUGCCAAAAAAGACAAAGACAAAGAAUUUUCUACGAGUAGCAUGUCUUCUGCAGAACUAGCUAUUGCAGUUCAAGAUGUAGGAGACAGAAUGAUAGAGGUUGUAGGAUUAGAGAAUAGCAUGCACAUGGGUCAAGUGUAUGCCGGUCUACGGUCAUCCGGAAAACGUCUUGCUCAGUGUAACCAAGUUGUUAUAAGAACGAGAAAAAGAUUCCCAAUGCAGAUAGAUGGUGAACCAUGGUUACAGCCACCUUGUACUAUUAAUAUAACUCAUAAAAACCAGGUUCCAAUGUUAAUGGGACCACCUUCCAGUAAGAAAUCUUCUCUAUUCAAGAUUUUCAAGAAAUGAUACCUACGGUGUUCAUCUUCUGAAUACAAUACAUAACCAAGGGCAGCAUCAUAUAUAGACAUUCAGUAUGCUGUCAUCAUGGGAACCAGCUGCUGGUCAGCAUCCCUGCAUCAGGCCAAAGAGGACAAAAGGAAGAUAACAUUCUACUCACAACAUAAUCAUACAAAAGGAAGAUAUAACUAAUGGUCUAUGUAAGAGGUUAAACGGGUGAUUAAAUAAAAAAAAAUAUCCGAGUUCUAUCCUUACUUCUACAGAGUAGAACGGCAAUAAGUUGCAACAAUGUUUUUCAUUAAUUUAACUUUACAAUUGGAAUGUCCUCCUGGCUUUACAAGAAUCUAUUCAUGUCAUAUGAAUUUUUUUAAUUUAUUUUCAUCAUUCAUAGUCAGUCUUCGUAUAUUUUGCAAUAGCUUCAUGCAAACAUGUUAUAUUUUUAAUUAAAUCCAUUAAAAGUUUUGUGUUGAUUAUUAUGAGAACAAUACUCAAAAUAAAGUAAUAAACACUAUAAUGCAGUAAACUGGUAUUUAUUUUUCAGUUAGUAGAAGAAAAUUCUCUUGGUUAUAAACUGUAUUAGAAGGGUUGAUAAUCAAGAAAAUAAUUUAUUUUUGGCUAACAGUUUUCUAUAUCACCUGAUAUACAUAAAGGCAUCAUUGUAAUUAAUGGGUCAAUCCUAUCUCCAUGGAAACUGUCAGGCCAAUUAUACUAUUUGUAGAUAAUUACAUUGUGUGUUCAAAUAUUCAUGGAUGCUGUUAUUUAUAAUUUUCUCAUCACUAUGGAAACCAAAGAUACUUUAAUGAUAGUUUCAAAAAUGAAUUUCAGUUUUUAGUAUCCAACAUGUUUUCAUGGUAUCCACUUACUGAUGUUCACAUAAAGUCUUAAUAGUUAAGAAAUAAUUCUUUCUGGUCAUGUUUUAAGCUCAUUUUCACGAUAUCUUUACACAAAGCAUUAGCGAGAGAAUAAAGCACGACAAGAAAGAAUUUUUUCAAUUCUAAUUGGAAAAUUCAGAAUUUUUUCUUCCAAAACUGACAUAUAGGACACGUUAGGAAGUCUGCCAUUAUGAUUUGAUGAAGCAAUACCGUUCUAGAAAUCAAACUGUUUCACGAUUUAAAACGCCUUCUGUUAAAAUGACAUUUUUAAAUUUCCUAUUGAGCAACACUGACAGAAAUGUCCAUUUUGAUCUCUAGUGUCCUUCACAAUACAUCUCAAAACUGUCACAACUAGUUUCUUGAGAAGUCAGAAGUUUUUUACAUAAGGUAAUUUAAGGAAUGAACAAAUUCUGAACUAUGACUUUGGAUCUGUUCCUUCCUUUGAUGGAGGUAUUAUCUUUCGUUAGGUUAUUAUUGAAAGGUUACGUAACACAUUUUAUAUUUGAGAAUUACAAAAGGUAAAAACUAUCAUUCUUAAACAUUCACCAAAUUUCCUAAGAAAGAGAAGGAAAUUUAAGCAUAAUUUUUCAUGGCCUUAAAUUAAUGUAUAUUAAAUUGAAUUUUUUUUUAUUGAUACAGUCCAGUGAGAUGAGAUUUGCUAUUAUUUGUAAUUAUUUAUAUAUAUAUAUAUUGUUCUAUAAAAUGGCUUCUUUUGUGUGCUUAUAUAGAAUAUUAAUACAAGUUAAAUAAAACUUCUCAAUUUUUACAUUAAGAUCAACAUUUUUUUUAUCGUAUUUUUUUUGUAGAUUUAUUAUUUCUGUGUAAGUUAAUCAAGUAUCAGAACAACCAGGUCAGUUUUUUAACUUUGUGGAUACUUAUCUUAAACCAAAUUUUAUAAAGUUCUAGGACUGAGCCAGUACUAUUGACUAUGGACUACUAAUCCAUGAUGGUAUCAUCAUAACAUACCUUUAUUAAAUGUAGAAAUUAUUUUAAGAAGCUAAAGUUCCAACUUCCUCUGUCACUUUAGGUGAAUUAAACUAAUUUUUGUCUCGCCUUGACAGGAGUCAAAAAGCGAGACAUAGAUAUGCUGUUUCUUGCAUUGGCAGGGCAGUGGCAGUGGCAUCAACAAUGAAUUAGUUUGUGAUUAGGUCAGUUUAAGGGGAAUCACUAGUGGUAGGUCUCUGAUAUUUGGUAUGCAUAUGUAUUAGCAUUGGCACAUCUCAUUUCCAUGGAGAUUGUUUGGCCCCGGCCCCUCAGUCAUCAUGGUCUGUUGACUUUGAAACUUUUGCUUAGUUUACAUGUAUAAGUUUGUGAUUAGGUCAGUUUAUCGGGGAACCACUAGUGGUAGGUCAAUGAUAUUUGGUAUGCAUAUGUAUUAGCAUUGGCACAUCUCAUUUCCAUGGAUAUUGUUUUACCCUGUACAUUCAGUGGUGCUUCAUUGACUUUGAAUAUUUUGCAUAACUUACAUGUUAAAGUAUUGCUAUUUUUAUUUCAACAUUUGCAUUUUUCCAAUCAAAUAACAAAAAGGCGAGACAUUUUUCUGUGUUUACAGUUUAUUUUUUGUCAUAUAGCUCCUCAAGUGGUGUUCAAAGUUUUAUACAUCCUUCGGUUUCCAAUUUGUUUUAGGUUUGAGCAUUCUUGAUGGAGGUUAAUUUAGCACAACCCUUACAUUGGAUUUAUAAAGUUUUAUUUUCAUUGAGUCAAAUGUGUGUUACAUGAACUAAAUUUAAUUUUAUAUUAUUUUAAUCUUGAAUACCAAAUAAAUUUUACAAAUUUUUAUUUCGAAAUGUUUUAUGACAGAACAUGCACUAUGUAUAUAUAAAAGGGUGGGUAACUCCUGAAAAAGAGUAUAAUCUUGUUACGACACGCAUGAAAGUUAAGAGAGUCAAGAACUGAAAUCAAACUUAUAGAUGCAAAUUUGUUAUUAAGUUUUAUUUGUUGUGAGUAUUAUAAACAAACCAGACUUUUUUACAGAGUAAAUUUUGUCAAUGUGUUACCAAUUUGAUGCUAUUUGCCUGACUCUUUAGCAUAUAGUUGAAACAAAACAUAUAAGUAUUUUUAACUUAGGUAAAUACUUUAAGUAUAACUUUGGAUUAAACUAGUGUACCUUGGUACUUGCAAGGUGUUAUUGAAUGUUAGAUGGCACUUUUGUGCUUAAAAUUUUUCCAAAUAAUGUGCUGAAAAAUAAUAACUCCUAAUAAAAUUGAAGGGCCAUGGAAAAAGGGAUUAGGGAAGAUAAAGUUGGUUUUCAGAACUGUUUCACCAACUUGAUUGGUCAAAGGUAUUUGUUUAAACAUAUAUAAAACUUUUCAAUAAUGUUGACUUAGUGUUGGAGGAAAUUUAUGUUAUCCAGGAUUUUGACUGUAUUAUAUAUAAAUAAGUUAAAUCAUUUUGUGCAAUAAGACAUGUCUAAUAAAACAAAAUAGAAAAUGUUGAUGUGUUAGGAAACUGAAAGAAUAUUUUGAUGAAGAAAAAGUAAUUUACUUUCUGUAUCUCAGAUUAUGACAGACACAUACAGUUCUGAUUAUUAAGUUUUACUUAGAUAUGUAUCCCAUAAAUGCUCAUGAAAGUUGGCUGUAUUUAAGUAUCUAGAAAAAAAAAUGUGGAAGGAAAAGAAUAAUUUUACUAUUAGUCCAUGGAGAAUAUGUUUAAACCAUUCAGUCAGUACUUUGAUGUGUGCUACAACAUGAUGAUAAUUAUUUAGUGUGAUACAGCCUUAAUUGUUUUGGUUUAUCUUAAACAUAGAUGUCAUACUAACUUCUCAUGAGGAAAGAUCUAUUGCACUAGCCAUUAUUGAUUUACAAGGUCAGUGGGUUUGUGGCACUGGCCAUUAUUGAUUUACAAGGUCAAUGAGUUUAUACAGUUUUCAAAAAAAAUUCUAAAUUGGUGAAUAUAUUCAUCAUAGACACUUAUACUUGUCAUUUGUUUAAGUUUAAAGAUUUUUGUUGGUUUGCUGUCUCAUUGACAUAUCAGCCACACCUUAAUUUAUAUCAAUAUGAAGAGGAAGAAGUCAAUUGUAGUUAAUGAUUUAUUUCCCUGCUAUUCCCACUCAGAUUCCUUCUAUUUGAAUUAAGAACUAUGAAAAAUGAUUUCAUCAUGCAAAGAAACUUUUCUUUCAGAUUUCGUUCACAUGUUCAUUUUAAAGAGAUUGUGUAGCUUAUUAUGUGUUUUUUUUCAUGUAUUAAAAUGGGAGUGAAUGAAACUAUUAGAGUAUAAAGAAUUAAACUUUUAAUUGUUACUUAUAUCUGGAGUGUAUAAUUAAUUAUUAUGGUGGUUAAAUUAAGCGUCAUUAUUGCUCAACACUUUUAUACUAUGUGUGUAAUCCCAAACCUCUGUAACUUUCCUCUUGUCAGACAAAAAAUUAUUUUUAAUGUUAUUUUUGAGUUCUACAGUUAUUAGCUGCUCUUAACCUAUUACUCUUGAUAAAACAUAUAAAUGCAAUAUUUUUUGGUAAAGAUUGCAUGAAAUGUAAUCAAAACCCUAUGGUACUGACUUGAAAUCUAUAUCUGCCACGGUUUAUCACUACCUUUGAUAAUUGUUUUAACAAAAUAGUGCAGUGAAGUGAUCAAUAUAGAUCCUAUCCAGUCAAUGUCAUGCAAUUUAUUGACAAUAUGUUAUAAUUUGAUAUUUGAGUUACAAUAUGAUGUGUAUUUGAAUUACCAUACUUGUCAAGAAAACAUUUUUUAUUAAGAAUUACAAGAGUAAUGCAUGGUGUAUGAAUCUGUUAUACAAAUAGGUUCAACUACAAAUGUACAAUCAUGAACAAAGGAAAGAUAACUUCAACUCAAUUUAUAAUUUGCCUAGCAAAAUACAAUUCAAUGUUUUAUUUAAAAAUUCACAAAUUUGCAAAAUGAAAGCAGUCUUUACCCUUCAGUGCUCACAAGCACUUUGAUUACAAGAUACUGUUACAAAAAAAAUACAAUAAUUAUUGUAUACCUAUUGAUUUAGGCAUUCUGCAUUAGAGAUCAUCUCUGAAGUUCACCCAAAGACAACAUUUCUAAUGCAUAUAUAUUCUACUAUAUUAUACUAGUUAUAUGCAUUUGUCAGAAGUUUGAUGAGAAAAUCAGAAGAUUAAUCAUGUCAUGUGAGAAAUUUCAUAUUUCUGAUCUUUUUAAGUAAUAGGUUGGUCACUUUGUUCAAGAGUCCCUAAUCCCUCAAUUUUGAUUGAAACUCUUGUGUAAGACAUAUCUCCUUACCAAUGAGAUCAUAAUUUACUUCUUUAAAACAAUAUCUGUCAUUAUCUCCCCUGAUUAGAAAAAAGUUUGAUUAUAUUAGAAAUAAAUAUUCCACUUGAUGCAGUAGGAGAACCUUAAUUAAUAUUUAUGAAUUUGAAUUAAAAAAAAACUACAGUUUGAGUUCUUAGUUCAAAGUACUUUUAUUGCUUUAUAGUUAUAGGAUUAUAAAAUUGUACUAUUGUAUUUUCACAACAUCAAAUUGUAUAUUUAAUAACAUCAAAUUGUACUUUAACAACAUCAAAUUGUUCUUUCAUAACAUAAGACUAACUUUCACAACAUAAAACAACCCUCCAUUUUGUAAUGAAUGGCCUUUUUUCAUUUUGGCGGCAUUUUUAUAUUUUGGAGACAAAUAGUUUAUCAAUAAAUGGGGCAUUUUAAGCAAUAUGGAAGUUCUUUUACAUAUCACGAAAAAGUGCAGAAUUUUUCUAUUAUACUAGAUUCUAAGUCCCUAAAAACAUCUUAUAAUGUCCUUUAAAAACCUCAUAUCAGUGUUUUGUUAAAAGGUAGCAUGUAGUUUUGCAAAUAUGACAUUGAUAGGCUAAAUCAAAAGCCUAAUGUGUGCAUCCAUUUAGGGUUGAGAGAUUUACAAGAUACUCAUAACUUGUACAAAAAGUCUGUACAAAUUACUAUUUAAACCAAAUUAUUACUUGUUCAGAACAUAUAUGUCACAAAUCAGCUGUACAAAUUACUAUUUAAACCAAAUUAUUACUUGUUCAGAACAUAUAUGUCACAAAUCAGCAUAGAUUUGCUAUGUUAUCUCUCAUAUUUAGUAUGUAGUUUCUCAACUAUUGAGCAAUAAAGCUCAUUUGAUUAUUACAAAACAGACUGAAUAUUUCGCCUAUAUAUUUUAAAUAUAUUAAUAACACUGAGCAAUAUAUUGGAGUUAAUCUUUACAAGACUAAAAUAGUCCCCCUAUAUUUUACAUAUGAAUUUAACACAUUUAACCAUAUAGCUCAGUGAAUUUUUACAAAAAUAAAAAUAUUUUAUCCUGUUUUUUAACAUGAUUUUAUCCCAUUGAGCAAUUGAGCUCCAAUAAUCCUGACAGAACUUACAUAUUGUGUUUUUCUGUUCCGUGUUUGUAACUUAUCCUGUAUAAGUGUAUAAUGGUACAACCAAUUUUAUAUAUUUACGUGUGUGUAACUUAUAUAAUGUUCUUGUCUAUACCAUAAAGAACAUUUUUUUUUGUGAUAGAAAAUAAUGUUAUCUCAUUCUGUAUGUUGACAAUAUAUUCUUUGUUAAAAUGAUAAUAAAAAUGUUUUCUCAA